AUUAACUUGUAUGUAAUGGCCUUUUCCUGGUUUUUUCCUCAGAGUCGCCUCCCUGGCAUCAAAGUGAAAUACCUUUUCCUUGCCUGGCUGGGCGUCUUCGUGGGCAGCUGGGUGGUCUACAUGCAUUACUCCUCCUAUUCUGAACUGUGCAGAGGUCACGUCUGCCAGAUGAUAAUCUGCGAUCAAUACAAGAAGGGGAUCAUUUCUGGCUCAACAUGCAAAGACUUGUGCGAAGAGCACACCCUGGUGUUCCAGCAGUGUCUGUCUUCAUCCCCCUCUCAGCAGGUGUACAGGGGGCUCUGGAAGGAGAAAGAAGUCAUCAUUAAAUGCGGUAUCGAAGACGCCUUCAAGGCAGACAGCAACCCUGACGCAGUGCCCAGGAGGGACCUGGUUCUCUUUGACAAGCCGACAAGAGGGACAUCUAUGGACGAAUUCAGAGAGAUGCUCCUAAACUUCCUAAAAGCUAACCUAGGAGAUCAGAUGUCACUUGCAGCCUUGGUGAACCAAAUCAUCACCACAGCAGACGUGAACAAAGAUGGGAAAGUGUCUUUGGCAGAGGCCAAAUCCAUCUGGGCUCUCCUUCAUCUGAACGAAUUCCUGCUCAUGCUCUCCUUGCAUGAGAAAGAGCAUACCUCCAAGCUGCUGGGGCACUGCGGGGACUUGUAUGUCACAGAGAAGAUCCCUCACAACUCCCUCUACGGUACUAAUGUCCCUCACUUCUUCCAGCCAUUGCUGCCUUCCGCCAUCCACCGGAUUAUUCACCAGUGGUUUGCCCCGGCCUGGCCCAGGAGAGCCAAAAUCGCCAUCGGACUUUUGGAGUUUGUGGAGGAGAUAUUCCAUGGGACGUAUGGGAACUUCUACAUCUGCGAAACCAGCUUUAAGAACGUGGGCUACAAUGACAAGUAUGACUUCAAAAUGGUCAACCUGAGGAAGGUGGCAACCGAGAUGACCAUCAGAGGGUUCCUCAAGGGCCGUCACUGUGAGCAGAAUGUGGACUGCACCUACGGGAAGGACUGCAUGGCAACUUGCGACAAACUCAUGAAGCAGUGCAAGAGCGACAUGGUCCAGCCCAACUUGGCGAAAGUCUGUGGGCUAUUGCAGGACUACUUGCUGUACGGAGCGCCGUUUGACAUGAAAGAAGAGCUGCAGAAGCAGCUACAAACUUGUAUGACCCUUAGCGGCUUGGCUAGCCAAAUGGAAGUGCACCACUCCCUUGUUUUGAACAAUCUCAAGACCUUGCUUUGGAAGAAGAUUUCCAACACCAAAUAUUCCUAACGGGGCAGCCAUAACUGUAGGCUGUAGUGUUGGUAGCCAGUUAAGGAUAAAAGUUCAACCCUCAUCCUUCCACUGGAGGAACUGCACUGGAAGCAGGUAGUUCAUAUGGCUGCAGCCCCCUUUCCUUCAUGAAAAACCCCUAGCAAAGCAUCAAUGACCCAUCCCAUUCAGCAAAACCAUCAAUAGUGUUGUUUAGGUCUGUAAAGAACAUGAUGCAAAGGAGAAAUACCAAGAGCCUGGGUGAAUAGGUUUGGGAGGAGAAGAUAGAGGAAAACGACGAGGAUUGAUAAGUCUAGCUGCACCUCUUUCCUUCUAAUUAAGGAACAAUCACUAGUGCAGAAAGAGAAUGAAUGAUCACGCUGUAAUUGUCACAUCUUAUUUUGAUGAAAACCCCUGAUGUAAAUAAAUAGCUUUUAUGUGAA